AAUGUGCUGGUUAUUUGACAGCUAAAAGGCUUUCCAAUAGCAUUGAAGUUCAUUUAUUUUUUAUUCAACCACCCAACUGCAUCUUCUCCUAUAUAAAAGGAGAACCCUAUUGGUUGUUUUAGUAUACUUUUGAGUGUGAGAAAACAGUGAAUAGAAAAAUGAGUAAGUUGUGCAUUUUGGUGGUUUUGGCUCUUGCUGUAGUUGCAACAAGUGCAAGAAAUGUGCCUGAUGGAGAGGGUGGUUUGACGGACGAGAAAACCUUUGGUGGGCUUCCUGGUUUUCCAGGAGUUGGCAACAGUGGCUUUCCUUUCGGAAGUGUAGGCUCUGGCGUUGGUGGUGGUGGCGGACUUGGCGGACUAGGCGGUGGUGGACUCGGAGGUAUUGGAGGUGGUGGUGGUGGCUUAGGCGGAACAGGAGGUGGUGGACUCGGUAAUGCUGGUGGACUCGGUGGAAAUGGAGGUGAUGGACUCGGAGGAUUCAACGGGCUAGGCGGUGGUGGACCGGGCGGACUAGGAGGAUUUGGUGGACCCAGCAGUGGCGGACUUGGAGGUUCUGGUGAUGGUGCCAUUCCUCAUCCAUGAAUGACAAGUUAAUUACUAUAUAUGGAAUAUACCAUAUUUUACUAUUUUUAAGAUAAUAAAAGUUAAUUAUAGUGGGUUUAUUGUUAUCUCACAGUUGUCUAAUUUUAGUGUUUUAUUAGAUUAUAUUUUUCAUCUACAGAAAGAGUGUUAGCCAGUACUAAUUUAUUUUGUUAUGGUGUCUUCUUCCUUCUGAUGUAAUGUAAGGGGUGCAUUUCAUUAUCUAUAAGUGAGUUUGUUAGUUAAA